AGCGGCGGGUCCCGGCUGGACAGGUCUUCACCAUCAGUUGAAAUGUCUAUGAUUUUAUCAGCUUCAGUGCUCCGCGUCAGAGAUGGAUUGCCACUUUCUGCUUCUACAGAUUAUGAACAAAACACAGGAGUGCAGGAGUGCAGAAAGUAUUUUAAAAUGCUCUCAAGGAAACUUGCUCAACUUCCUGAUAGAUGUACACUGAAAACUGGACAUUAUAACAUUAAUUUUAUUAGCUCUUUGGGAGUAAGCUACAUGAUGUUGUGCACUGAAAAUUACCCCAAUGUUCUGGCCUUCUCUUUCCUGGAUGAGCUUCAGAAGGAGUUCAUUACUACAUAUAACAUGAUGAAGACAAAUACUGCUGUCAGACCAUAUGGUUUCAUUGAAUUUGAUAACUUCAUUCAGAGGACCAAGCAACGAUACAAUAAUCCCAGAUCUCUUUCAACAAAGAUAAAUCUGUCUGACAUGCAGAUGGAAAUCAAGCUGAGGCCCCCUUACCAGAUUCCCAUGUGUGAGCUGGGGUUAGCCAAUGGAGUCACAUCUGCAUUUGCUGUUGACUGUAAAGGUGCUGGGAAGAUUUCUUCUGCUCAUCAGCGACUGGAACCUGCAACUCUAUCAGGGAUUGUGGCAUUUAUCCUUAGCCUUUUAUGUGGAGCUCUGAAUUUAAUUCGAGGUUUUCAUGCCAUUGAAAGUCUCCUGCAGAGUGAUGGGGAGGACUUUAAUUACAUCAUUGCAUUUUUCCUUGGAACAGCAGCCUGUCUUUACCAGUGUUAUUUACUCAUGUAUUACACCGGCUGGCGGAAUGUCAAGUCUUUUUUAACUUUUGGCUUAAUCUGUCUGUGCAAUAUGUAUCUUUAUGAACUGCGCAACCUGUGGCAGCUUUUCUUUCACGUGACGGUGGGAGCAUUCAUCACGCUACAGAUCUGGCUCAGGCAGGCCCAGGGCAAGGCUCCUGAUUAUGACGUCUGA